CCAUCACCAAAAAACUUUCACUCACUUUCUUUGCCUUUACCCUCCACUUCCUUUCAUACUCUUUGUUUUUUAUUACUUCCUCAUGUCUGCCUCUUCAAGCAAUCCGGAGUCCCCCACGAUUAUCCAGGUCAUUCUGGCGAUCAAGGAUGCAGCCAUCUCACAGCUCUCUAGUAAAACAGCUCCAAAAAAAUUGGUCGGCCAUGGUGAGCUCCGUGUGUAUUCGUCUUCUUUACCAGGCAUAAUCCCUCCGUCCACAAAUCCCUCAGGAGCUGAUGGUCCUACCGAACCUCCAACGACAUUCAUGAGUCUGGAGACAGACGACGCCUCUACAAAGUCACAUAAGAGCCUAAUCACCCAUCCACUGAUGCCAAGAUCUACAGCUCAAAAAGUUGGUGAUCGAACAUGGCAAUUUUCGGUAGCAGGCAAUGGAUACUUGGAGCUUCAGUUACCAAAUGCCUCUGAGGAAGAAAUUACGAUUCUCGAAAACAUCUUGACAGACAGAGUUGUGUACACGAAUCAGUACCAAUUGCGAAACCAGUUGGCACUGGUUGAUGAUGUAGGUCAAAUCUUCGGUGUUUUGGACCAAGAGGGUGUUCAGAUGGAGGACGAUGAUGCUGUUUCUCUCUCAGAAAACCAGAAAUCACCCGUUGUGAUCGAGGCCAUAGAACCACAAGAUGAAAAUGAAGACAAGCCAUUGCGGCUCAGAAUCACAGUACCCUCAGCCGACGACAUGGCUGAUUACCUUACCACUGCUUCCCAAAUCUUUGGUGAGCAAAUGGUCAAAGGCGCAACCGUCGUUGCUGGUGGUAUUGUUAGUUCGAGCACGUAUCUCAAUUCCAGGAUCCCUGAAACACAAAAACCUCUCAAGAUCUCGCCUUUUAUCAAGAAUCGAAUCCGUAACGUCGCCAAACUUAGCCGCACUACCUUCUCAGUAACCAGCCGCAUCAAAUCUGCCAUCGUCAAUAAAGCCAUGAGUACCGGUUACAGAGCUAUCAAGUACUGGACUUCUAAAGAUGACCCACAAUCGUAUUCAACUAUGCAAAACAUUUGCUACUCGAUCCUGAACUCGGCUGGCGUCUUGAUCCAGGCCACAGAAGAGUCUAUUGGCAUUAUCUCUGCCCCUGCCAUCACUGCGGCUCAGGAUUUGGCUGGUAGAACUCUUGGACCAGAUGCAAAGGAGUUGGUCACUGAGGCUCUUGAAGGAUUCCGAAACUUUACGCUCGUCUAUUUCGAUAACGCUGGAAUAUCGCGCAGAGCGUUCUUGCACACGACCAGGCUGGCGGCUUUGCGGACGGCACAGGAGGUCAAGGAAGGAAAGAUUAAGAUCAAAGAACGUGAAAAGAAUCCAAGUGAUCACGUUCAAGGAACAAUUCCAUUUGCAGCCCAAGCAAGUGCUGCUGCCGCGUCCGCGGGUGCUGCUGCUGGCCAUGCCAAGGAGUUGAUUUUCAAGUACUUUGGAAAGAAUGAAGAUCAGGAUGGCGCUACGUCAUCAGACGCAGAUAAGAAAAAGACCGAGUAAGGUCUGGAGUCUUUUAAACUAUGUUAGUAUUUAUUUUUGGGUCACUUGUUGCAGAUCCAAAUAUCAAAAAUGUUACGAAAUAAAGUAUUUAAUUUUGGUGAACCAAG